GGCAAAGUGUAAAAGUGAAAAAGGGACAAUCGAUUUUCAGAAAGCAGACUUAAAACACGUGAUGAUGAUAAUUUCAGUGGCUAAGUGGAGUUUCAUCCUCUUUUUCUUUUUGUUGAAGUAUCCUCAACAAGCCCAAGGGUGGAAAAGAGUUCCCUCGUUUUGGGAUUCACAUGGUCUUUCCUUUCAAAAAGGAAAUUACGUGGAACUAAACUUUACUAUACACAGCUGGUCAUGGGUUUCGGAACCUUGUGUUCAGGGUUAUUAUCUUGAGAUCCGUGAUGGCAUUAAUCAGUCGGCCAAUGUUCUUGAUGUGUUCUGUGGAGAUCACAAAACCGCUAUAGUGCGAUCCAGUGGACGAUACAUGUGGUUAAGAUUUUUCCCUUCUAGGGAGUAUGAUUUUAGAGCAUACUACAGGGCAAGAUCCUUCAAUCAAACAGUCACACCAACCAUGAAAGAAGUACUCAAGACACAGGCUGUAUUUUUGAACAGAACUUCCACCCUGUGGUGCCCGGUGGAAGGUGCGCCGGCUCCAUACGUUGUAUGGAAGAAAAAUGGUGUUGUUGUACAAAAUAGUACCAGUGUAAGAUAUCAGUUUCUUGUAGCUGCAGAAAAUAAUGCGAAUUACAGCUGCGAGAUACGAAGAAAUGAAAAGAUAUCAAGGAGAGAAAUCAGCCUCACCAUUGAAACAUCGUGUAAAAUUUCUUAG